GUGGAAGCAGUGAAGAGCAACGUGCUGCAGCAGAGUCUCGAGUCCAUGAUGGACCGCAAGGAGGCCCUGGCACAGAAGAUUCUGGAGACUGAGGAUCCCGACCAGAUAGCCGAAAUCACCGCUCGCAUAGACCAGCUGGAGGAGCAGAUGGCCAAGACUCGCGAUCUGAGCCUGGAAGAGCUGCUGGAGCAGGCUACGCGCCCCAUCGACUGGCUGCGCAUUGCAGCUGUCGACAUGCGGACGAACCGGACGGCAUUCAACUGCGAGGCGAGGUGGCGCAACCUUCUGGACGUGCGCCUGAACCAGGGCCCCUGGACUCCCGAGGAGGACGAGCGCCUGUCAACCUUGGCCGCCAAGUGGAGAGGGCACAACUGGGACCAGGUGAGGGGACCUGCACGUUUUCAAUGA